AUGUCCAACGCAUUCUUCGCGGCGCUCUCUCUUUUCCUUUAUCUAGACGCACAAUGUCCUUUCAACGGAUCCAUAUCCCAUACCGACCCAUUUGCCGUUUCGCCGGACCUGCGCGAUGCCAGGUCUUUAGUCCGCACUGAGCAACGCCAAUACACUGGAGCACUCAGAUACGACAAGAAAGACGGCGCGCCGUAUCGGCUUACUUCUGCAUCCGAUCGCCAGUACUUUGGCAACCCCAGCACGACUCCGAGCAUCGACCACUCGUGGAAGGAAUUGCUGCAGAACGAGUUCUUCGCCCUGUCACCCGCCGAGGCGAAGCCUUACAUCGAGAAGGGCCUGGCGAAGCCGAGCCCUUCCAACAAAUACUACGCCGAACUUGGUGUGUUUCACAACCUGCGCUGCCUCAACACCAUAAGGAUUUAUCUGGACGCCGAGUACUAUAGGGAGCACGGCGUCCCGGAGGGCUUCGAUGCACCCAGGGGCCUGGAUCGCGCUAAAAUUGAUUACUGCCUAGACCAUCUCCGGCAGUCAGUCCAGUGCUCGGCCGACCUGACCGUUGUGCCGAUGCUGGCACAAGACGCUUGGACUGGCAGCGACAACGUCCUGAGCCAGCCUAGGACAUGCCGCAAGUGGGAAGACGUGAGGUCGUGGCUGGACCGGAGGCACGAGAGGACGAUGCUGAAGGAGCAGCAUGCUGCGUAUGAGCUCGUUUGA